GGAAGCUGCGCGAAAAGGUUGUGAUUAUCAACCUUUUCGCGCAAAUUUCAAAUUAUCAAAUGUCGGAGAGAUUCAUCUGCAAGAGAUACCUAGAAACAAUGCCAUGCUGCUAUAAUUUCCUCACGAGGGUAGUGAAAUUUACCGGAUCCAGUGCAGGACCGAGCUAAAGUCGAUUGCUGAUGGCCGCUCUACGACCUGCAUUCGACAUAAUAAAAGGUAACUGUAUCGUGUCUCAGCAACAACAUCCGAGGUAAGAUCGAUUCUUACACCGGGCACAGAAGGGAUUACACAGUCGAAAAACUCCUCGAUCAGAGCAAGUGUACAUAAUUUGCAGUAUAAGACCUUCGAUGAAAUCUCCAGCUUUGAUAAUUAGGAUCUAAAAAUUAGAAGCACAUGUCAUCAUAGCAGACGCGAUAUAUAUGUCUUGCAGUUUCAGAAUAGAGGCUUCUGAUUGCAAAAACACGAUUCGCGUUGUCUGUAAAUUCUUGUGACGAAUGAUAGGAAAAAGCCACUUGUUUCUUAAGACCAAUGCAUGCCAGAUUUGUAUAAAAUUCAAAGCCUCGACGAUGAAGCUUCGAGAGGCAGUCGCUUCCUGAAUUCAAAGGCAAAAAAUCCGAAUCGAAAUCAGACUUGCCCUCGGCUGAGGUAAAAGAAGGAGGCGAAAUUCCUGUGGAGAUCGUAAGACGCCACAGAAUCUGAGCGAAGACGAGGAGUACAAGACUGGUGAGCUGACACAGGAGGGCCCUGUGGGUCUCAAACAUGGAUCUGCGUGGACUUUACCGUGGGGGGACUUAUAGUAGUGAUAGCUCGGGCGGUCAGCCUCCAAACAAUUUACCGAGGGGUCAUGCGGCUCCAAAGACGACAAGACCCAGAAGACCGAGACCCAUCGAUGACGAUGAGUCUGGCCCAGACGACGGCCCCUUGGCGUGGAAGACGACAGGCCCGAGAAGGCCACGAUUACGGAGAUAUUACGAACAAGUAGUACGACCCACCAUCCUCCCAGACAUUACCCCAGACAGUUCAGAGAGAUAUCCGGGGUUGUACAGAAGCGCUAUACAAGCGAUUUUUAUGAUCGAAGACUCCGGAGAAACGAUCAGACCUGGGCAGAGUCUGGACAACAACGUAACCGCGGGUUCACAACCAGCUGUUCAAAUUUCAGAGCAAAGUCUCCAGAGGGUCCUGAACAAGAUCGAUUCUGGCGGAGCUCAGAGUGCUGCUGACAGAAAAGGUAAAGCGGUAGCACAGCAGACCGUGUCGAGGAAAAGAGGUCGCCCACGCAAGAAUACAGUGCCCUCCUACGCUCUAGUAACUGUGCCGCCCCAAGCAGGAGCGGUAGCAGCGCAGGACGGAGCGGAAUCAGACGACGAGCCACCGAAGAAAAGAAGAGGUCGCCCACCCAAGAAUACAGCCCCCGUGAAUUCAGUGCCUCCCGUGAAUCCUACCGCACUAGCAGUUUGGCAGCCCCCAGCAGGAGCGGUAGCAGCGCAGAACCAGCCGGAAAAGAGGAAACCAGGUCGCCCACGCAAGAAUCCAGUGCCCUCCUACGCUCUAGUAACUGUGCCGCCCCAAGCAGGAGGAGGUACAGGCGCAGCUCAGGCACAAGCAGGAGGAGGAACUGGCGCAGCCAGCUCCAGCCAGCUCCAGCUAGUUCCAAGUUCGGCCGAUUUGGGUAUGGGUCCCUUUUUAUUACAAGCACAGAGGAGAUCUGCCCGACAGAAAGCACAGGUAGUAAGGUACGACUACGUCACGACAGAUACAUCCCGACGUAAAGCCCGACCUCUGCAGGUAACUCUCCCAAACAUCAAUCCUACUCUGAACACGGAGGGACAAUUUCGCAAACUCUUUGAGAAGGACGAACUCUGUGACUUAUGUGGAAGAGGUCCCAGUUUGAAUCUUGGAGAGUGGUACAACUGGUGCUGUUCUAAGAACAGUAUUGACUGCGACUGCAAGGACUCUGCCAGAAAAAUACAAGUUUUUAUCCAACGCAUGAUAGAUAAUGGAGUAUGGCCAAAUGGGAGGUUGGCUUCAGGAAAAGUGCAUGUCAAGUGUGGUCUCUGGAGUAAUGAGGUAACAUGGGCUCACAGUAUGCUGACUUCACGAUCAAAAAAAAGUUUAACGAAGCUUCCGGAAGCCUUGGAGGCAGCUAUGAGCAAGGUCUGCACAAUCUGUCAUAAUCUGGGAGCUUCAGUCUCAUGCAUUCAAAGGCCCAAUGGAUGCACGGAAAUCUACCACUAUCCUUGUGCGGAAUCAGUCAGCGUGGGGCCAAAUUACAUCCGCAUUUGGACCGGUCCUUUCGUCAGAGAUAUAGAUAAAAUGAUAUGCCAUGCCCAUAUCGACGAAGUUGAAAGGGACGAAUUAGAAGCUGAACGAACUUUCCACCAGGGCAAUGUCGCUGUCUUGGUGCCAUUUCCUGGUGUUAGAUUGCUGUCUCCGGACUUUUCCAAUCAAGUGGAACCAACUCCUAUACCAGUCUACAACGAUGUAGAUGACGAACCCGUACCACCGAUACAAUAUGUCAGAUAUUUAAGUUUUAACGGCGUGGAAGUCAGAAAUUUGAGUCCAUAUCCAAACCCUGACGGAACCCCAGUUCAAGAGAUAGAAAACAGCAUCUGUGGAAAUUGUAGUAAUUAUGAUAACGAUGAUCCCCACGUGGACGUCAAUCGCCAUGCCUAUUGUCUCCAAAGGAAAUUUCUCACAAGGUACACAGACCGACGACAAGAUUGGCAAGGAGUGAAUAUGUUUGGACGACUUUGCUAUACAAACGGGCUUCUUCAGUUGAGGGACUCGACGAGACCUGUGAGGGGCCAAGGUGUGCAGCCUUACCGACACAAAGACAUCGUGGAGUGCUUUCAUGCAAUAUGUGGAUGUCUUGCCACCUGCCAGAACGGAGUAUCACAGAGAGAUCAAAUGAAACGAGUUGAACUAUACAGAACAGAGCAUCAUUUUUGGGGGGUUCGAGCUGCUGAAAGAAUACCAAGAGGAGCAUUCAUUAUGGAAUACGUUGGUGAGGUAAUCUCUUCACAGGAGGCGUCUAGACGCGAGACUACAUACGAUAGCAGACUUUGCAGUUAUACUUUUGCGGUCGAUCAUUAUCCUGAAUUUAGGAGUCUGGAAGAUCCACAAGUCUUGGUGAUUGAUGGUGAAAAUAUCGGCAAUGUUUGUAAAUAUGUCAAUCACAGCUGUUCAGGAAAUGCAGAGAUGUUCAGAGUAUACACUAACCUACUGAAUCUAGGAUGCUAUCACCUAUGCCUCUUUGCUAUUCAAGAUAUAAAACGUGGAGAAGAGAUCUGUUAUGACUACGGUUAUGAGUUCAAAAUAUACCCAGAUGAUCCCAACCGGCUCAAGGAUCCAAACAAAAUCAGAUGUCUUUGCAAAGCAGGACCCGACAAAUGUAGAAAGUGGCUAAAAUGAUCAGCCCUUGACGUAAUACAGUAACAACCGAGGAAUGAGGUCCUCGAAUCACGAGGACUUCUCGAGACACAGGAAGGGGACUACACCCUGUCUAUUAAGUAAAGAAAUACUAAGAGGCAAUGAAUCCAGUCUGUCCUGAACCGGUAAUUUUGCAAGCCGAGAGACGCUCGUUUCUGGGAAUCUGCAAACUAAAAAGACGGAUCCCCUUGUGGGUGAAUUUUAACUUGAAAGUGAUGUGACGGUCAGCAGUUGCCCUUGACCUGAAAAAGCGGCAAUAAUGUUGAAAUAGGAGACACCUCUACUAACUGACUUUCCUUAUAGCGGAAGAAGGAAUGGAGCCACAGCUUACCAGUGGGGCAGGUAGUGCUCUUCCAGAGGGUUGUAAGUGAACACUAACAACGGGAAAGCGUUUUCAUUAGUUUCUUCGCCUUAGAGUUUCUAAAGUUCUUUGACUUUCAUCUCUUCGUUAGCAAAUGACUCCGUUUCUGAAAGUUGCAGCUCUUGCUGACUAGUCUAUUGACAUCACGUUGAGCGCAAAUAAGAAUUCAAUCGAAUCUCCUCCAUGUUACAAAGAACAGAUAAAACAAGGGGCGCAACUUUGGCAGAACGUAGUGGGUUCACUGGUCCUAAGCUGGAUGGAACUCC